AGUGGUCCUAUCGCUUCGAAGAAUGAGGUACUUGAUGAAGUUGCUCCAAGCUUGCCCGAGGACUAUUCUUUACCGGAAAAUGCACCAAUCGAACCAAUCGGAGUAGUGACCGCCCUAGUGGAAAAUAGUGUUAUAAUCAAGGCGACCAUUUCAGGAGAGUUCAGAGUUUUAAAGGACCAAUCUGUGUUGUGUUUCGAAGAUCGUACCAUUCUCGGUCCGUUGUUCGAAACAUUUGGAAAAUUGCAGAACCCCGUUUAUCGUGUCAAAUUUAACAGCACCGAGGAAUUUGAAAAGUUCAAAGACUGCAAAGGAAAAGCUGUGUAUUACGUUGUUCCUGAUUCAAACUUUAUCUAUACUGAUUCUAUAAAG